AUGUCCAAAAAUAGUCACUAAAUUCAAUAUAUUUUCAUGCCUCUGUGCUGGCGAUAGCUGUGCCAGUGCCAUUAUAUUUUCAAGUUGUUCGUCCGUCCAUCUGUAAGUCUGUAUAGCCGUCCGUCCAUCCCAUCCUUGUGAACACGAUAUCUCAAGAAAGCCUCAAGGGAAUUUUUUUCAAAGUAGGCACAAACGUUAACUUAGACUCAAGGAUGAAUUUAUUAGAUUUUGGUGGUCAAAGGUCAAGGUCACUGUGACCUUGCACCCAUCUCAUUCUUCUGAAUGCAAAAUCUCAAGAACAGCUUGAGGGAAUUCCUUCAAAUUUGGCUUAAAUGUUCACUUGUACUCAACAAUGAACUGAAUGGAUUUCAGUGGUCAAAGGUCAAGGUCAAUGCGACCUUGCGUCUGUCUCAUUGUCAUGAAUGCUAUGUCCUAAGAACACCUUAAGAACAUUUCUUUAAAUUUGACUCAAAGAUCCACUUGGACUGAAGAAUAACCUGAUUGCAAUUUUGUGGUUGAAGGUCAAAGGUCAAGGUCAGUGUGACCUUGCAAAAUAUGUUUUUGGCCAUAACUCAAGAAUUCAUGUACUAAUUAUGACAUAACUUCACACAGAUGUCUGAUAAGAUAAAAUGAUGAUGUGAUGACAGUUAAUAUCAAAAAGAUCAAAGGUCAGGUUUGCUGUGACAUCAUAAUAUUCUGCAUAAAACACUUUUCUGGCCAUUAUUCAACAUUAUAUCUCAGGAACAGAAGGGGAGACAUUUGGUCAGAUGUUUAAGUGGUAACACUCAUCUUGGGUGAUUAUGUGUUGCUGGGGGGAAGAUUUGUGUGAAGCCUCCAUGUUUCACAGACAUGGAUGUAAACUGUAACUGCAACUUGAGAGGAGCGCAGAGGCAUAAAAUCGCAGGGUGGUAAUUCUUUUUUUUAUCUUUUUCACCAAAAAAAGUUACAGCCUAAGAGACAAUUUCCACUAGUUUUGGUAGAUUUGCACUCCAGUAUGACAUAGAGGUUGUUUCAUGCUGCGCUUGUCAGGUCUCCAGUCAGCUCUCUCCUCCUCGGCUCCAUCCAUUGCCUCAUUAUGGCCGCCCUAACUUCAAGAAAUGACAACAUGGUAGCAAUCAACAACGUCUAUAACAAAGUGUCCUUGUGCUGUCAUUUUUUGCAAAACUAGCUAUGUGUGUGUGUGUAUUUAGUAUGCAGUAUUACACACUGCUGCCCUCCCACACCCCUGUGUAUGAGUUUCAGAGAGACAAGCCGGCCAGUCAUAACAGAAGAAAGACACCAACUACUCACAUCACACGACUAUACUGCCAAGAAACUCACUAAGGAUCAUCAACACGCCGUCUGUGGACAUCUGGUUCUUUGAUUACUAAUUGAAAGCGUUAAACAAGAAAGGAUACCGAGGAGAAGAGGGGACUCCUCUCAGCAACUCAAUCACUGGACUGAAUGUCUGAGAAUAUACUCUGGGCAGCACUGGCUUUCAUCUACUGAGUGCUCACUAUCCUCCUCAGGAGAAAGACAAGGCAAAAACUGAGGUUUAUCUGAGAGACAUUUUUGUUGACCUUAAAGUUUCCUCAGCAACAAUGGCAUCAACUGGUCUUCAGCUGCUGGGCUUGGUCUUGGCUGUGCUGGGUUGGGUGUGCGGGGCGCUGGUGUGCGCGGCUCCUCUGUGGCGUGUGUCGGCCUUCGUGGGUGGAGAGCUGGUGAUUGCUCAGGUGCUGUGGGAGGGACUGUGGAUGAACUGCCUGUCUCAGACCACAGGCCAGAUCCAGUGCAAGACCUAUGACUCAACCCUGGCCCUGCCCAUGUCUGCCCAAGCCGCCCGGGGCCUCACUGUUCUCUCCCUGCUCCUCUGCCUUCUGGCCCUCAUGCUUGGGGUGGCCGGGGCCAAGUGCACUCACUGCAUGGGUGACGGUAACCAGGCCUCCAAAGCUCGGCUGGCGAGGAUAGCAGGGGUGCUCUUCCUCGUAGCUGGCUUGGCCUACAUGAUACCCAUCUGUUGGACUGCCCAUGCAAUCAUCAGGGACUUCUAUGACCCGAACGUUGCGGCGCCUUUAAAGAGAGAGCUGGGGCCAGCGCUGUACCUGGGCUGGGGGGCCAGCUUGCUGCUCCUGGUGGGUGGCUCCCUCCUGCACGCAGGCUCCUCUCCACCAGGUGGAAGAACGCUGCCUAUUUUGGGAGGAGCAGCCAAAGACAACCCACAUACAGGGGCAGCAGGAGAGGUGAAGCAACAGGAAAAAUCUUUUGUAUGAGAUGAUUUUAUUGGACAUGUGAGGUACAAACAAGCACAGAGGUCACAAUCUCAUCAGAAAACCUUCUGGAAACUACAAAGUCACCAUCGAUUAGAGGAUAUUCAGCAGAUAUUGUGUUUUAUAUCUUUCAGACUUUGUAUCUUUGUAUAUGCUUCUUCAAGUAAUAAUAUGGAUUUAAUUACACUUUAAUAAUUUUUUUUUUAGAUUUAUUAAUACAUUUACAUGAUAAACUACAUAGCAAAGGGUUUCUAAUAUAAUUUAUAUCAUUAUCAGAUUUCGAGCAGAGUGGGAGUUGACAUGAACUGUGGGAGGAUUUAAAUGUUUAGAGGUUUAGUAAUGUGUGUGACUUACAUUUCUUAAAUUCCACUCUGCCUCUGCUUCUGUUUGUGUGUGUGGGUGGUCUGUGUACAGAAGACCAGUGUGCAUAGUAUAUCUUUGUGUGCUGGUGUGUUCACUGAAAACGCGUGGGCAGUCGGAGCGACGCUUGUUUAUUUACUUUUUACAAAUGUUUCUGAGUAUUUGGGUUUUUUAGCAAAUUUACUCUACAUUUUAUUUUUCCAUUUGGAUUUAUUUAUUCUUCUUCCUCUUGUUUAUAUUUAUUUUUACUCUGCAAUAUGUAUUUCUACUGUACCCUUUUAUUGACAUCAGCUCAAACACCCCUGUCCAAGUUUUAGAGCUUGUUUCUUUUGCCUAAAUUAUGAAUUAUGACUAAUGUUUAUGUAAUAUUAUCAUUUCUAGCAUGAGUAGUUUUGUUAUUUAAUUUAACGACAACCAUUUGUUGCUGAUCUAAAUAAAACUGCUUUAAUUUUUGACCUAUAUGUUCUUUAUGUGUGUAGUUUACACAUUUUCAACAUCACUGUAUAUUAACUGUGUGUCUUACAUUACCUUGACAUGUAGCAAGUCUUAUGUUUUAUCUAGCUUUUGCCACACUUGACUUAAUAACACCAUACAGCAGUGAUACUCAACUUAUGGCCCCUCAUAGGGUGCAGGGUGUCACUGGGGAGAUUAAAUGAUUCGCACUGGGAUUUUUUUUGUGUACUUUUAAUAUACAAUAAGCUGCCUUUACACCGCUGUACAGCAACCAUCCUGGCAACCGCCUACCCACAAGAGCGUUUCCCCCCAAAACAUAAGUGUUCUUAAAAGCAGCUGCUGCACUACAAUCCAGGGCUGUGCUGACGAGGUGGUGCUUCAGUGAAUGGCACCGACAGAAGUAGCAUGGCGCCAUGAUUUCUACAUAUAUGGACAAUUUGCCAGCCAUCUGAAGUUCGAUGGAAGUGUUAUUGCAAGCCCAGUUUUUCUUCUGGUUGUUCUUAUAAGUUGCUAGUGCUGUGUUGUACAAUGCCGCAUAUUCAGACACCAUUAUCAGCCCCUCCAUCUUGUCAUCUUCCUGCUUCUGUAACACUGGGCUCCUUCUAUUUGAUAGUCCAGAACUAAGUGUCUACUGCCAGAACUUUAACAUGGUGAACUCUGCGUGGCACAGCAAAAUCUAUGCGCAGUCAUGUCGGUGGCAACUGCUUCAAACCCCGAAACCCCCAUGUUCGAAAUCGCUUCCCCUCUGCUACCUUCCUCUCAUUGAAAUGACGAGGCUGAGAGUUACCGCAAGACUGUUAGAGCAGCUUAAGGUGCCAGAGUGCAUAAAAAAGCAUCAAAAUAGAGCUUGUUCAUGAAAAAAAGUGGCCAUUGGACUAUGCAGGUUGAGCAUCCCUGUUGUAUACAUUAGUGUGACACGUGGCAUCACAUUUUCCACCUAUAAUCUUUUCUAUUGUCUGACUUUUAACCACAAUAUGCACAAUAAACAUGUGUUUUCAUUCCCCGACAACUGUUCUUCAUUAUUAGAAGUAUGACCCAUGUGCUGGGAUGGGUCAUGAGUUUAUGUGCAGAAUAAACACUGUGUCCCGUGUUACGUCUUUCACUUUACUCCAGUCUUUUUUCAGGACACUUCAUGGUCACAGAGGAAUGAGUCAGGAACAAUAAAUGAGCGUAAUUAUACACAGGUCAGUUGUGGGAGCAAGGCUACUGGAUAUCAGCAAUGACUGUGCACUUACUUCACUUCAUAUCAGUGUUGGAUCCCAAACCGUUAAUUCUAACCACUAUGAGUGGUGGCAGCAGAGAUAGUACACUUGGGGGCAGUAAACACUCAGUAACUGAUGCACUCUCUAGCAUGAACUGUCACAUGGCCCUGUGGCAAGGCUCUGUACAAGUAGCCUAAACAUCUGUCUCUGACAUGCCACACCAGCUGAAAAAAAACAGCCAAAUUAUUUCUUACCUUUCCUCAGUAGAGUUGCAGCCUCCUUAUUAUCUGGUCCAGUCCCUUAGAGAGACAGAUCACUAUAAAUCAGCUUUGUAGCUUGUUGCAAUCUACUCAAUCUAAUGAGUAUGUGUUUGUAUGUGUGUGUUUGUGUGUCUGUUACUGGUCGACCAGUUUCUCUUGCUCCUGGGUGUAUUUGUGGUGUAUUUGGCUUCCGGCAUAACUCUUCUGCAAAUAUGACCUCGGGCUGCGGUAAUUGCUCUGUAAACCUGGCCUGCUGGCUGGUGGUAAAUGUGUAUGGCAGGCUAAUGUUUUAUGGUGAUGUUAUAUCUGUAACUAACAUUACCAUAAAUGCACUCAGUCAAUCUCUUCCUCUGCUGUUCGUUCCCUCUGUUGCUGAGUAGACUGCAUAUGUGUGUGCAGUGGCGUAAGGAAGCUACGACCGCCCCCAGUGCACACUAUCAUGACAGGCCCUGGUGCACGCUAUCGUGCAUAUAUUGUCUUGACACUAAGGGAGACUUGCAGCAUCAACAUACAUAUUACCCAGCAAUCAUCAAUGCAUAUCUGACAAAGAUAUCAAAGUAAGAAAUUAGUCAUUUUAAUUGAAUAGUUGUUACAGUAUAUUAUAGAUUUUAUAGUUGAUGUAGAAAAAGCAUAUGAUUUUGUGUUGUAUAGCUACUGAUAAUUUAAAAAAUAAAAACCAUGACGCAAAUCGGUUUGCCUUUUUGAGGACAAUGUGUGGCAAAUGGCAGGCUUCUAGAAUUAUUAUUAUUAUUUUUUUUAAAGAUAUUUUUUGGGCAUUUUUAAGCCUUGAAUCAACAGGACAGAUGAGCGCGAAGGGGGAGAGAGAGAGGGAGCGACAUGCAGCAAAGGGCCACAGGCCGAAGCCGAACCCGGGCCGCCGCGGCAACAGCCCCGCACAUGGGGCGCCCGCUCCACCACCAAGCCACCGACGCCCCGAAUUAUUAUUUUUUCAUCAUUUCACUUUAAAUAUAAGUAUAUUUCCGGCGUGGCAAUCUGAGUCACUUGCAAGUGCCCACUCUCUCUACGACCCCUCCAGCCCAGGGGCCCCAGUGCAAUCACACAGCCUGCACUGUCUGUAUUUACACCCCUGUGUGUGUGCAUGAGAGUUUAGACAUUGAAAUAGAAUCCUGUUGGCGCUACUGUUAUGUUUUACACUGGACGUUCGUUCACUGAGAAGUCAAAACCUUUUGUUUAUGCUGCAAUGGCCCGAACGUCGUGCACUAAGUGCCUCAUUCUGCACUGCUCCCUCAAUCUCAAAACAGCCUCCCAUGUAGGAGAUAAAAUCACGUAGGUAGGAGAUAAACUCUGUUUCGCCUCGCUUCUCAGGGCUUCUGUCGGAAUGACAUCUGCCUUAGACACAAUCAUAAAACAACCGGUGUAAUAAAUCUGUUUUAUUCUUAAACAAGACAAAAUACUCAAAAAUGGAAUAUCCUAUUCUGGAUUUACUUGACCUUAUACUUCAUUCUACUUAACUUCGACCUAUUGUCCUCAUUUGUGGACACUUUUCUGUGCCAUCUAGUGGUUGUAAAAGCACAAUACACUAAUCCAUGUAAAAACAAGAUGGCAGCCAUCUCUGCCAAGUCAGUCUGCAGCCGA